AUGGCCAUUCUCUACUUCAUUUUUCCCAUCUCCUUCAGUCUGAGAUUUUUCCUGUUUGCCAAUUUUAUUUCUCUGUGCUUUUUCUUCUCAUUUGCCAUAUUACAAGAAAGAAAUCUUGCAGAAAGAAUUCUUCUUCACCAUAGCCAUACAAUUGAAGUCAGCUCUCUACUCCCAUCCCACUCUUGCAAACCUUCAACUGUUAAAGCAGUGGAGAAGAAGACAUCACUGAGAGUAGUCCACAAGCAUGGCCCAUGCUCGCAACUAAAUCAAGGCAAAGCUCCAAAUCACACAGAGAUCCUCCUGCAAGAUGAAUCUAGAGUCAAUUUUAUUCAAUCAAGGUUAUCGAGCAGCAGAGACGUAAAGGAGACAGAUGCGGCGGCUACCCUUCCGGUGAAGGACGGCAAGAGCAUUGGUACAGGCAAUUAUGUCGUGACUGUAGGACUCGGCACCCCAAGAAAGGACCUUUCUCUUAUCUUUGAUACCGGAAGCGAUCUCAACUGGACGCAAUGUGAGCCCUGUGUUAGGUCUUGCUAUGAUCAAAUUGAGCCUAUUUUUGAUCCCUCUCGGUCUACAUCAUACACCAACAUUUCCUGUGGCUCCUCUCUCUGUGAUUCUCUUGCUUCUGCAACAGGCAAUUCACUAAGAUGUGCUUCCUCAACAUGUGUAUAUGGCAUCCAAUAUGGAGACUCUUCUUUUUCUAUCGGCUUCUUUGGUAAAGAAAAGCUUACGUUAAGCCCAACUGAUGUUUUUGACAACUUCUACUUCGGCUGCGGCCAAAAUAAUCAAGGUCUCUUUAGAGGCUCUGCCGGCCUACUUGGUUUAGGACGAGAUCCAUUAUCAUUAGUCUCGCAAACUGCUGAAAAAUACAACAAGCUUUUCUCCUAUUGUCUUCCAUCCUCCACUAGCUCAACUGGCUUCCUCACCUUCGGUGGCUCAACCUCUAAAUCCGCUAAAUUCACACCAUUAGCCUCUUUUCCCACUAGCUCAUCUUUUUAUGCCCUAGACUUUAUUGAUAUCAAAGUUGGAGGCCGCAGUUUAUCAAUUUCCCAAUCAGUGUUUUCAACUGCUGGUGCAAUCAUUGACUCCGGCACUGUCAUUACACGGUUGCCACCUGCCGCAUACUCUGCUUUAAGAUCAACCUUUAGACAAUUGAUGAACAAAUAUCCGAGAGCACCUGCAUUAUCAAUACUUGAUACUUGCUAUGAUUUUAGCAACUAUAAUACAAUUACUGUGCCGAAGAUUGCCUUGUUCUUCAAUGGCGGAGUUAGUGUAGAUGUUGAUGUGAGAGGGAUUCUGUAUGCAAAUGGUGCAUCGCAAGUGUGCUUAGCCUUCGCCGGAAACAGUGACGCAACUGAUGUCCUCAUUUAUGGAAAUUCACAGCAAAAGACUUUGGAGGUAGUGUAUGAUGCUGCUGCUGGAAAAAUUGGAUUUGCUCCUGCAAGUUGUAGUUGAUUUAAUAUUUCAAGCACAUCAGUCAAGUGUUUAUCUUAUAAUACAAUAAAUAAAAUAAAAAUUAUUACUUGA